AUGCAUUCAUUCCAAAGCGCUGUGCGCCAAGUCCCGUUCAUGCCCAGAGUGCUUCUGCGGCGACCAAAUGAACACAUUUCCAAGCUUGCUUGCGCGCGGCCAUUGGCGUAUACCCGGUCAUUACACGCCGUGCCACCUCGAAAGUCAUCAGUUACUGCACAGUCGACCAAGGAUUCCACAAACCCGGCCAUGUCAUUCCCUUGCCUCGACGCCCAGGAGGCCAAAUCCGCUCUUCUCUCCACCCGAUCGCUGGAAUCAGGGCCCGAACCUUCAUACACAACUGGUCAGCAUGAGCAAUACCACUGCGACAGUCCGCUGCUCCUAGACUGGGGUGGCGUUCUUCCAGAGUUUGAUAUCGCCUACGAAUCAUGGGGUGAGCUGAACACUGACAAGAGCAAUGCCAUCCUGUUGCACACUGGAUUGUCAGCUUCCAGCCAUGCCCACAGUACAGCAUCAAAUCCAAAGCCUGGCUGGUGGGAGAAGUUCAUUGGACCAGGUCUGCCACUCGAUACGGAUAAAUACCACGUUAUCUGCACCAACGUGCUCGGCGGCUGCUACGGCAGCACCGGACCGUCAUCAAUAGACCCUUCAGACGGCAAACGAUAUGCGACACGAUUCCCGAUCCUUACCCUGGAAGACAUGGUGCGAGCCCAAUUCCGACUUUUGGAUGGACUGGGUAUACAAAAACUGGCAGCGUCGGUCGGAUCCAGCAUGGGCGGCAUGCAGAGCUUGGCUGCCGGUGUUUUAUUCCCAGACCGCGUAGGGAAGAUUGUCAGCAUCAGCGGUUGCGCACGAAGCCACCCAUACAGCAUUGCCAUGCGGCACACACAGCGACAGGUGCUUAUGAUGGACCCGAAUUGGGCACGUGGUUUCUACUACGACGCUAUCCCGCCCCACCACGGUAUGAAGCUUGCGCGUGAGAUUGCAACAGUCACCUACCGCAGUGGACCAGAGUGGGAGAAGCGGUUUGGCCGCCGUCGCGCCGAUCCCAGCAAGCAGCCCGCGUUGUGUCCCGACUUCCUGAUAGAGACAUACCUCGACCACGCUGGCGAGAAGUUCUGUCUGGAAUAUGAUCCUAAUAGUCUGCUCUACGUCUCCAAGGCCAUGGACCUGUUUGAUCUCGGAUCCACCCAUCAGACCGAGACUCUGAAUCGUCGUGCGGAAAUAACAGCCCGUAUUGCCCUUGGAGAUAUCUCUCCCAGCGUCUCAGACUCCGCUUGUAGCCUGACCCUCCCCGACAAGCCAUAUGAAGAACAACCUGAGGCGAGAGCCUCUGUGCCAGCAUCCGAUCAAUCCUUCGCGUCUGAAACACCCCACGGCCCGCCUCAAGACCUCAUUUCCGGCCUUGGAGCACUGAAGAACCACCCCGUUCUAGUCAUGGGCGUCGCAAGUGACAUCCUAUUCCCGGCAUGGCAGCAAAGAGAGAUUGCUGAGACCCUUCGCGAAGGCGGCAACAAGACUGUCGAGCACAUCGAACUCGGGGAAGAACUCUCUCUGUUCGGCCACGACACUUUCUUACUUGAUCUGAAGAAUAUCGGUGGUGCUCUGGCCCGAUUCCUUCAGUAG